AUGUACUGGUGGUUCAAAACUAUUCUUAUCAACCUCCAGAAUCAAUUAUCUGAGGAGUAUAAUCUUAUUCUUCAAAUGGAGGAGGAAAUCUGGGCAAAGAAACCAAGAACAAAUUGGAUCAUUUUAGGGGAAAGGAAUACUUCCUACUUUCACAUGUCAACACUUGCUUGGAGAAGUAAAAAUAAAAUCACCAGCAUUCAAAAUGGUGAUGGGGAAUGGGUGCAUAAUGUUGAAGAAGUUAAGGAUAUUUUCACUUCAAGCUUCAUUAAGCUAUACCAAACUAAGCAAAUUUUUUGUAAUAUUACCCCGCAAUGGAAUACUGAAUGGGGUGCUAAACUUAGUCUUGAAGAAGUAAGAGGGUUGUCUCAUAUCCCUUCUGAUAAGGAAAUAUGGACUACAUUGAAGCCUAUGAAACCGUAUAAAGCCCCUGGGGUUGAUGGCCUUCAUGCAAGGUUUUUUUUUCAGAGAUUCAGGCUUAUAAUUGGAGAUUCAAUUAAAAGAGAAGUCAAGGAAGCUUUCACAAGCCAAAAAGUUCCUGAGUAUCUCAAUUAG